AUGACUGUGAGGGAGUAUGAAGCGGAAUUCAACAGCCUCAAGAAGUAUGCUAGGCGUGAGGCCGAGUCGGAAAUCUCCUUGGUCCGCAAAUUCAUGCGCGGACUCAGGGUUGAUCUCCGAACUCGUUGUAAAAUCCGCAACUAUGAUACUGUGACCGAGCUGGUGGAAAAGGCCGCAGAACAGGAAGCUGGAAUCAGUGAGGAAGCCAAGGUGUUUGGCACAAUGGCGCAUGUCCAUCCUGGUAAGCAUGCGGGAAAGAAUCAAAAGCCGGUGAAGGCUGGCUCUUCCAGCAAGCCGAAUGCAACAGGUCGCAGUGCGUGUUCGACUUGCGGGAAGAUGCACUCUGGUGUCUGCCGUGCUGCUACGGGAGCUUGUCACCGUUGCGGAAGUAUGGACCACAAGGUGCGUGAUUGCCCUGAGGAAGACCUAAGGCUGAAGAGCCAAAACAAGGGUACUGGGGAACGUGUGUGCUACAACUGCGGCGAUACGGGGCACUACAAGAAUCAGUGUCCGAAGGAUGAAAAAUCUGCUGGGAAGCGUCCGAGUGAUGGGCCUCAUCCGGCGGCAAAGAGGCAGGCCAUCAUGCCGCGGGUGUACACAAUCGGUGAUGAGUCAAUGGACCCAAGCACGUCUCGUCCGAUCACUGAGUAG